AUCUACACGACGCGAGAGAAAAAAAAAAUCUGGCUCCCGAGAAGAAAACAAAAGGGUAAAAAGAGCAGAGCAAAAGCUCUCUUCAGUUCUCCACGCCCAAGGGCAGAAGAGAGGGAGGGAGAGAAGGGGGGGAGACGAAGGAAGCACGAAACCCUAAUCCCGAGGCAGCGCGCCUCUCCGAUCAACUCCGGCCUUCCCUGCUUUCUAAGUAUCAGUUGGAGCUACCAUGACGACCCAAGCUAAAGAAAAAUGCCCACUUUGCACAGAGGAGAUGGAUUUGACAGAUAAACAGCUGAAGCCGUGUAAAUGUGGAUAUGAGAUUUGUCUUUGGUGUUGGCAUCAGAUAAUGGAAAUGGAUCAGAAGGAAGAAUGUGGCGGGAGAUGCCCCGCGUGUCGUUCUAUCUACAACAAGGACAGGAUCAUGGGAACAAGCAUCAGCAACCAAAUAUUAAAGGAACUUUGUGCUGACAAAUCAAACUUUCAAAAAGAACAAGCCAAGUCUCAAAAGCAGAAACCAGUAAAAGUUCAGUCAGGAGUGACAGAAGAAUCAAUAGACCCAUAUAGUGUUCGUGUGAUUCAACGCAGGCUUGUUUAUAUUGUUGGGAUGCCUUCUGAAUUCGCGAGUGACAAGGUGCUGAGGCAGCAUAAUUUUCUUGGGCAAUAUGGAAAAAUAGAAAGUAUUAUUAUCGACAAUAUUGGAGCUAACCAACAGAUUCCUGACUCUGGCCGUGUAUAUGUUACCUUUUCAAGGGAGGAAGAAGCUUUUCGGUGCAUUGAGGCAGUUAAUGGUUUCAUCUUGGAUGGUAGACCUCUAAAGGCAACUUUUGGCGUUACAAGAUAUUGUCAUGUAUGGCUAAGCAAUAAGGUUUGCCGAAAGCCAAUCUGUUCGUACGUGCAUCAAAAAGCCCCACCAGAAGAUAUUUGUACGAAGGACGAUGUCGCUGUGUACUGUGCAAGGCUUCAGCAUUUGUUGGGAAUGGAUACAAAGGGUCUCCGUUCAGGAAAUACUUUGCCCCCUCCUGGUGACUGUGUAUCAAGAACUACCGUUUGUAAUGGAAACUCCAAAGAUAAGACCUGCAGCGAUGAUUAUGGAGUACUACACAAUCACGGUAACAAGAAUCUUGGCACGCUGCCAGCUACAACUCUUCAAGAAGAGAAGAAACGUAAUAGCACACCUAAUAAUCAGCAAGGAUUGUCUGCCUCCGUGUCUCAGGAAUUACCACCGCUUGGACCAAAGGUUCACCAUCUCAAUGAUCAGUUGGCUUCCUGUGGUGAUAAGCCCCAAGCAUCUGUGCAGUCAGCAAAUGGCAAUUUGAAUUCUAAGCAAGUAACUGCAGCAGGAAAUGGAACGGUGGGCACCUUAUCAGCAAAACAAUAUGUUAAUGUAGUUUCACAAGGAUCAAGUGGUUCAGGUCGCAGAUUUACUGUACUUACUAGGCAGACGGCUUCUAGUGAUACUCGGUCUAAAGCAACAGGACAAGUCGGUAAUGCCUCUUCAGAUUCCCAGAAGCUUACUUCGGCAAACAAUGAGCACAGUGACAGAAUUAAAAUUUCUAGGAGUGAUAAUGUAAAGUUAGUUUCGCAGAGACCAGAGGAACCUUCCCAAAUGCUAGCUAAUCAUUUGACCGGAGCAAUUGAUAAGACCCACGUUGAUACAGAUGAAAAGAAUGCUCGCUCAGAUAUAAAUGAAAAAACAGUUUGUGGUAUUCAGAUGCAGCUUAAAGAAAGCACUGCAGCACACAGAUCAACUGUGCUGCAGAGUUUGAGGGACAAUCCUAUGUCCAAUAAUCUUCCAACAUUGGAUGUCAAAUCUCAGAUAUCAGUUGUGCCAGACAAGCCUUCAGAUUCACAGUCAGCAUCUAAAACUCAAUUGCAGCCCUCAAAUCAUAAAAAAACUGCUGUUUGUAGUUCAGAUACAGCCAAUGCAAGUGAUGCAUGUGGCAUCGCUAAUAAUCAGGUGCUGUUCCCUGGUGGUAAACAUCAAACUUCAUCACAAGGGGAGGAUCACAGCUUGUACAAGAGGGAUAAGAGUCAGUCAGGAGAUCAACUUUCAUCUCAGCAUCCUGGGAAUGUUUUCUCACCAAGACUACUCACUUCACUGUCAUCCAUUGAUAUAACUGCCAAGGAAAAUAAAGGAAUUAAAAGGCACGUUUGUCCUCCUGGAUUUGAGGAGCUUCACAGGCCGUCUGAUUCUGACAAGAUUACAUCAGUAAGCUCCCCAACUUCUUCUAUUAUGUGCUCUGGACCUGAUACCCUGGUACAAGAUUCAUGCUCUGCUAAAGAUCAGCCAGACUUCAUUAGCUGGGUUUCAGAGUGCCUAGAAGAUGGUGGAGAAACUACACAAAGUAAUAGGAGCAUACCUUCUACUCUCAGUUCCACAGAUGCCACUUGGAGAUACAUGCAGUAUCCUGCCUCCUGUUUUUCUGGUGCAUCAAAUCACUUUCUAGUAUCACCGUACCCUAGAGGAUUGUCACAGCACACGGUGGGUCGGAUUGAAAAUACCAUGAAUUGCUGCUGUUCCCAUCCAUCUGUCAGUGGCAUAGCAAAUCACAAGCCUGAAUACUGGAGUGGAAGUGACCAUAGCUACAUGUCUACUGGGGGAUAUGAUGUAUUCAGUCAAAGUGCAACAUUAGGCAUGAUAGCUGGUAUGGUAGGCACAUCGCCCCAACAACCUUCGCCACCUGUUCAUUACAAUGACUGGACCACGGGAAGUGCUGAUUCAGAUUUGAAGAGUCCACAGGUUGAUCAUACAUACCCCAUGUACUCGCUGUUCUGACGACCUGGCGGAGUUUGCCUUCGCAACCCCUAACAAUAGAUGUACAAGUAAAAUGCAUACCUGCUAAUCUAGCUUGCAAAAUGGUGGGUGGUAGCGACAUUGGCAACGAAAAUGCUUCGUCUGCUGAAGCUUGUAAAGACCAAAUGUGGAGCUUCAUGUACAAAAAUUAGAGUACUUGUGAACAUUUGGUCAUGGAACAAUCCGUUGUAGUGCGUUGCCAUUGCUGUACAGAUGGCCUCCAUUUCUUACAUCUUGAUGUCCUUGUUCUUGUGUUUCUAA